AUGAACGCAACUGAGAAGUUUUACCUUUCGGUUGAUGGCAUCCUCGAAAUGUUCGACUCUUUCACCGGGCAUCACCAAUCACACCUUGCGCACGCGAUCCUGCAGAGCACAGCCCUCACUCCAGCACUCCUGCACCCCAAAGUCACAAACAUAUCGAAGACUGGCAUGGGCAUCCUCAAGACUGUUCAAGGUUACUGGAGACAACAGGAAAAGAGAGUUUCGCGACGUAGGUCAGCCAGCUCUGGCAAGCGGCACGCGUCCACCGAACGACUGCCCAAAAUGUCCACGGAUCUGCUGGAGUUGGGUCUGACCAAGCGCACGAACUGUCGGAGAAUAGUUGUGCUCGGUGCACCCAAAGUGGGUAAAACCAGCAUCGUCCAGCACUUCUUGGGUAAAGACUUUGAGGAGCGGUAUGAGCCCACAUCUGAGGACUUCCACAGAAAGCUAUUCCACAUAGGAGGAGAAGCGUACCAGGUGGAUCUUCUGGAUGCUUCAAGUGAGAGGGCCUUCCCAGCAAAACGGAGGUUAUCUAUACUGACAGGUGACAUGUUUCUGCUCGUCUUCAGUUCGGACGACAAACACUCCUUCCACGAAGUCUGUGAGCUGCUGGAGGAGAUCAAAGCUGCGAAGGCAAAACUACACAAACAAAAACAUCCCGUGCGACUGGCAGCUGUCGUAUGCGGGAAUAAAGCGGAUCUGGAAGCACAGAGGACCGUCAGCCGGUCCGAAGUGCGAGAACUCUUCGGGGACGAGGUCUCUUUCUUCGAGACGUCGGCUAAAGAUGGCUCCGGACUGGAAGACAUGUUCAGAGCUCUCACUGCUCUCGGUGGACUUCCCAAAGAGACAUGUCCAUCCCAGCAUGAGAUCAUAUCCAUCCUCACCUACCAGUCGCUGUACGCCGACCAGCGAGGGAGGAGGGGAAGCCGCAUGCGGGGGCGCGGUGUGCCCCGCGCCGCUGUGGAUCCUUUGGCGCGCCGGCCAAGCUUCACCAGCGACCUGCAGAUGGUGCUUGGAUCAAGCACCAAGCAAAACAAAUCGGAGAAGUGUCAGAUUCAAUGAAUUGUGAACCUUCUCCACAAACCAAUUGUAGUAGUAUGCUGCAAUGUCAUAUCAUGUGAAGAG